AUGGGUAGUGGGCAACACAAAAGCGCAUCUGUAGUGAGUUCAUAUAGUGUUAAAGCAAGACAAAUGCCACCAAGUAAAUUUUAUUUAGAUCCCAAUAAUAAGCUCCCACCUGAAGUUUUAGAUGGAUUUGGAAGAGUUCUAAAAUCUCAAUCAGAGCGAGUACGAGUUUCUAACCGUAAAAAGCCAGAAAACUUACCACCAGCUGCUGCUCCACAAUUAAGCAAAGAAAAUGUUACCAAUAACUCAAACACAAAUCCACCUGCCCGUCCUCCACCUAUUCCUCUUCCAAUUGAUGAAACUUCCAAUGAAAAAAUAGAAACAGUUAGUGAACAAGUAUUCCAAAUUGAUAAAAAUCAAAUUGAGGAGCCUGAAGAAUUCAAAGAAAAGCCUGGAGGAUAUGCUGAUGAAAGGAAAUCGCCUGAAGCACCUGAAAUUGAUGUUGAGGAAGAAGUAGAAACGAAGAUUGAUCCAAAUGUAUUGAAAGAGCAAAGAGAAGCAAAAGAAAGAGAAGCGUAUUUGGAUGCAGAAAAAAUUGCUAAUGACUUGAGGAAGGCGGAGGAAGAAGAAAUUUUAAAGCAGAAGACAGUUAUGGGUAGUAUGGAAGGACAAGCCAAAAAUAUUUUGGAUAAAUAUAGAUAA